AUGGAGCGACCUGGGCCAAGCGAAGUGACAGGCGCAGACGCGUCGGGACCCGAUCCGCAGCUGGCGGUCACCAUGGGCUUUACGGGGUUCGGAAAAAAAGCCCGCACAUUUGACUUGGAAGCAAUGUUUGAACAGACCCGCAGAACAGCUGUUGAAAGAAGUCGGAAAACACUGGAAGCAAGAGAAAAAGAGGAAGAAAUGAGCAGAGAGAAAGAAUUAAGAAGGCAAAAUGAAGAUAUUGAACCAACAUCUUCAGGCUUAAAUGUAGUCAGAGAUAGCUCAAAAUCAUCCUCCAGGGAUACAAGCAGCAGUGAAAGUGGAGACAGUUCUGAUUCUUCUGAUGAUGAGUUAAUUGGCCCUCCCUUGCCUCCCAAAAUGACAGAAGAACCAGUUAAUCUUAUGGAAGAAGAUAUUCUUGGUCCUUUGCCUCCACCACUUUCUGAAGAAGGGGAAGAUGACGACGAUGAUGAUGAUUCAGAAGAGGAAGAAGAAAAUGUGUGUUAUAAAAUAAUGGAAUCUCAUUCUCUUUCACUUAAACAUGGGGAUAGGACUGUUUCUGCUUUGGGUCUGGAUCCCUCCGGUGCCCGUUUAGUGACUGGAGGAUAUGACUAUGAUGUUAAGUUUUGGGAUUUUGCUGGAAUGGAUGCUUCUUUUAAGGCAUUUCGAUCCCUUCAGCCUUGUGAAUGUCAUCAGAUCAAAUCGCUACAGUACAGUAACACAGGAGACAUGAUUCUUGUUGUAUCUGGAAGUUCACAGGCUAAGGUGAUUGACAGAGAUGGUUUUGAAGGUCACACAGCAAUGCUUCACACUGGCUCAUGGCACCCCAAAAUCAAGGGAGAAUUUAUGACUUGUUCAAAUGAUGCAACUGUGAGGACAUGGGAAGUUGACAAUCCAAAGAAGCAAAGAAGUGUAUUUAAACCACGGACGAUGCAGGGCAAAAAAGUAAUUCCCACUACGUGCACGUAUAGUAGAGAUGGAAAUCUCAUAGCAGCUGCUUGCCAGAAUGGAAGCAUACAGAUCUGGGACCGAAAUUUGACUGUCCACCCAAAAUUCCACUAUAAACAAGCUCACGCCCCAGGUACAGACACGUCUUGUGUGACCUUUUCCUAUGAUGGUAAUGCCCUUGCCUCUCGUGGAGGUGAUGAUACAUUAAAAUUAUGGGAUGUCCGACAGUUUAAUAAGCCACUUUUUUCAGCCUCUGGUCUUCCCACCUUGUUUCCAAUGACUGACUGUUGUUUCAGUCCAGAUGAUAAACUCAUUGUCACCGGCACAUCUGUUCAACGGGGAUGUGGCAGUGGCAAGCUUGUUUUCUUCGAGCGCCGGACUUUCCAAAAAGUCUAUGAAAUAGACAUCACAGAUGCGAGUGUUGUUCGUUGCCUGUGGCAUCCAAAGCUGAACCAGAUCAUGGUUGGAACUGGAAAUGGAUUGGCUAAAGUGUAUUAUGACCCCAACAAAAGUCGGAGGGGAGCAAAAUUAUGUGUGGUAAAAACACAACGGAAGGCAAAACAAGCUGAGACUCUAACCCAAGACUACAUUAUCACCCCUCAUGCCUUGCCUAUGUUCCGUGAGCCCCGCCAACGGAGUACAAGGAAACAGCUGGAGAAGGACAGACUGGACCCCCUGAAGUCUCACAAACCCGAACCUCCUGUAGCAGGCCCAGGUCGUGGUGGCCGAGUUGGAACCCAUGGGGGCACACUGUCUUCAUACAUUGUAAAAAACAUUGCUUUGGACAAGACCGAUGACAGCAAUCCCCGAGAAGCCAUUUUGCGGCAUGCCAAAGCAGCUGAAGACAACCCAUAUUGGGUUUCUCCAGCAUACUCCAAGACUCAGCCUAAAACUAUGUUUGCCCAAGUUGAAUCUGAUGAUGAGGAAGCAAAGAAUGAGCCAGAAUGGAAAAAACGUAAAAUUUGA